AUGGUAGUUAGUUGUGUUCAUGCAUUUAAUUCGCAGUUCAGUCAGACACAGCAAGUCGUAAGAUCGGCGAGCCGUGCCCCAACUACUCAGUUCCAGUGCGAUCAGGGUGCCACACCUGAGUCGGGCUUCUCUAUUAGCCCAUCUGGCCUGCUAGAGUUUCAAGGCAGUUCUGAAUUCCUCGCUUGUGACACUGGUCAGAACGGUGGUAGGAACAUCCACGUCACUCCAAGCAAGGACCUCGGCCAGUGCGUAAUAGUCGAGCUGAAGGCCGACUCAUGCGCGCCUUCAGCCUCCACUGCCCCGUCAGCCAGUCCAUCCUCCAGCAAGAGCUGUCCCACCACGCUAUCAUCAGGAAAUUUCGAGUUUCCUCACCUGAUCAUCCCUGUCGACUCAAAGUCUCCUAACACCGCAUUCGGCACCUCAUUCAAUGGCAAGGUGACCUCAGCCAUCUCAAGCAUAUUCAACUUCGAUAUUCCGCAGGCCGAUUCUGGAAAGAUGUGCAACUUAGUCUUCCUAUUUCCCCAGAAGGCUGACCUUCAGACGUCAUCCUUCAGCUUCAGCGGUGAUGGCAAGAUCAACUUUUCCAAGCUCUCCAAGGCUGCUACUACCUCGACUACCUUUAAAAACGCUCCCUCUGUCUCCCAGAACUUAGGUGAUAUCACUAUCUCACCUGGACAUUCAUUUGUCGUCUCAACCUUCUCGUGCCCUGCUGGUGAAGCUAUUGCCUUCGAGAUGAAAAAUGCUGGUACCACCGACCUUGAGCUCUUUGAAGACUUCAACCCUUCUCCGUGA